UCGAUGUUAGGGCAUUUUCCACCCACUUAAUCUACUCUAAGCAAAAAGGGCGAAAUGGUCGGCGAUUUUGGAGCUUGACUUCUUGGGAUUUUCUGCUACAAUGUUUUACUAAAGUUGACAGAUUCAAGUUGCUCUUUAAAGUUAAAGUCUUCUCUCCAUUCAAGUAAGACUUUAUUGCUGAUCUCGUGUUGCUUAGGGUUUUUUGAAAUAAACAAAUCAUGUUGCUUUUGAUGUUCUCUGAUGUUUCAGUUGUGUCUUCAAUGUUAGUAGAUGUCUUUAUGUAGUAUUUUUUUGUUGCAUGUGGUCCCGCUUCGCUUAAUCUCGUCUGAACUUAGAGUUAUAUUUUGGUAACAUCUGGUUUAUUUAUUCGUAUGGAGUUGUCUUUUUUAGUCGAUUUCAGUUGUUUAUUCUAAACUUUUGUCUUUGUUUACUAAAUUUUCAAUUACAUGUGGUCCCUUCCCUUUUUGUGUUGGUCUAGACUUAGGGGUUCAAUUAUUAUUGAUGCCUGAUUGUUUUAUUCAUAUGGGGUCUACUUGUUUGUUGAUUUCAGUUGUUUAUUCACUAUUUUUGCUUUUGUUUACUUUGUUUUGGCCGUAUUUGAUCCCUGUCCCUUUAUUGGUAGAUGCCCUCUUUAACUCCCUGUCCCUUUAUUGGUAGAAGCCCUCUUUAACUUUUCUGUUUGUAUAUUAUUGAUGGGUCAUUUUUCUUGUUUCUUUUAUGGCUUGCAUUUGUUUUCUUUGAAGAAUGAUUGAGAAGAUUGAUUUGGUCUUUAAUCAUGGGGUAAGUGGGUGUUGGAACCUCAAGUGGUGUAUCUUAAAAAUAGGAAGCAUGUAUUGAUAGGUUAUGAUGUGGAUUUGUUGUCUUAUAUAGACAUUUGUUCUGAAUAUACUAAGAAGUUAGGUUUUAGUGAGGUGAAACAAUUACUAGUAACAGGCCCUACUGGUAGGUGCUUUUUAAUUGAGGGUGAUGCAGACAUUAGAAUACUACAGUCUUUACUGUCAAACCAAUUCAAUGAGAUUCAAAUAUUUGCUGUAGAUGAGGGUGAAUUAUAUGUGCCAGCUCCUAGCAUCACUCACCAUGAUGAACCUUAUAAUUUGACAGUAGAAGUAGAAGUUGGAACUGAUUGUGAUUCAUUUGAUGAGGAGGAAGCUAAUGAAACUAACUUUAGUGAUUAUGAUAGUGAAGAGUUAGAACUAUUUAGAAGAGAAAGGAACAAAGAAGUUAAUGACACACUAGACAAGUAUAAAAACUUGGAGAAGGGUAUGAGUUUUAAAGACUUGGCUAAAGCUAAAAGAGUUGUGGGGUACUAUGCAGUUGCUAAUAGGAAGAGCCUUAAAGUUAACAAGAGUGACACUGGUAGAGUUAGAUACAAAAGUGAUAUUGGAUGUCCUUUUGUGUGUUUUAUAUCCAAGAAUAAUAGAGAUAAAGGAUUUAAGAUUAAGACUUUGAACACAAAACAUGAAUGUGGUCCAUCAUUUCAGAAUAAAAGAGCUACUUCCAAUGCUUUAGCUCAUUAUUUCAAGAACAAAGUUCAAAAUAAUCCUAAGUACAAAGUCAAAGAUAUGAGGGUGCACAUGCAGAACAUGGGACUUGAAAGGAAUUCCAUGUCCCCAUACAAUUAGAGCUUUAAUUGACAAGAAAGAAGAGCCAUUGAGUGAAGUGCAUUGGUGGUACUUAAAGGAAGCUUACAUGGAUGUGUAUAUGUAGAAAAUACAACUAGUUAGAGGUUAAAAUUUUAGAAGGUGGAACCACAUCAGGCAAUGGAGCCACCAAAAAUUAUCAAAAUGGUUGGUCGACCAAAGGUAAAGAGAAAGAGAGAAUGAUGAGGCAAGGAAGAGAGAGGGGAUUUGGUCAGCUUCAAGAAAAGGACUUGUCAUGACAUGUGGAUACUGCAGUGAGAGAGGUCACAACAUCAGAAAAUAUCCUUUGGUGAAAGGGAAACAUAGCCACUUCUUCCAAGAUGAAGGAUCUUCCCAAAAAGUACAAGAUGUGCCCUUGACAACACCUUAAGAUAGUCAAACUUCUGAAUUUGUUUUUGUUCCUACACCUGGAAUGAGGCCAAUGACAACAGCCCAAGACACACAUCAACAAAACACCUCUACUCAUAGUGAAACAGCAGCAACACCAGCAGCACCAGCAACAGCAGCACCAGCAACAGCCGCACAAGCAGAUGGAGAUGCAAUAUUUGAAGAUGAAGAUGAACAUCCAGUUUUGAGACCUAAGGUGAUAUCUGAAGCUAAGACUAGGCUUCAAAAGAAAGAGAUGAGGCAAAUGCCAACUGGUACAAGGAAGAUUGCAUUCAAGGGUGAUGAAUCUGGUACCAAUGUGCCUACAAACUUGCCCUAUUCACCAAGGAAAGUCACUUGGAAAGGCAAAGCAGCAAUCACAUCAAGACAAUUAUUGGCAGAAAAGGAAAAUAAAGUUGGUAAAUUGAAGGUUAAGAAGAUCAAGCUCUAGGGACCUCAAUUAUGUUUGAAUGACUAAUUUUUAACUUAGGAAACGAAACUAUGUUUUUGUAAUGACUGAUUCAUAACUUAUUAUGUAUUGUUUUUAUGG